AAUAAUAAAUAAAAACACAAUUAAAACAAAAAAAAAUCAAAGAUUUAUAAUUUCGAAUAUAUAAUUGCAUAUAAGUUUAUAUAUAUUUUUCAUUAAAAAUAAUAUAAAUCUAAACAAACAAACUAAUAAAUAAAUAAAUUAAACAACCUUUUAAUGAUAGAAACUGAAAGUUAAGAAAAUUCAGAAUUGCUUCCAAGUAAACCUCGAUAGCGGUCACCGCUAUAAAUACCUUCCACUUCAGACUCUUCUCCUUAGAUUUAGCAGAUCGCUGCUAAAUAAUCAAAUACAUAAUCUGCUAAAGACUAAUAAGAAAAAAUUCUUUAAGAAUAAAUAUAAUUUUCUGAUUUCUAAAAUGCCACUCCUUCAAAUGAUUCCUUGUAUCAAAUUUAAUAAUAAUUAAGUAAAAUCAAUAGCUCAAAGUCUGCUUGUGCUGCUAUUAAGGCAGCUGUUGAUUUUGUAUAGCAUAACUAAUUUUGCAAGCGCCACUCUAUUGCUUUGUCACCAAGUUUAAGUUAGAAAUCUAAUAAUCGCUCGUCUAUUACAAAUCAGAUGAAUGCCACAAAUAACUCCAACGCUUAGGCUGGAGGAGAAAUAGACUCUUCAAUAGAUACAUUUUAAAAUAGAAAUAAGUUAAAACACUAAAUAUCUAAGGUAGAUAAUAACCAAAAAAAGCAAUUAUAAAAUAAUAAUUUAGAUCAUUCAAAAUAAAAUAAAGUAAUGAAUUAAAAUAACACAUCUGUUCCUUUGUGCGGCUCUCUCACAUAAGUCGAAAAUAACGACCACUCAAGUGACUACUUAUCUAGUGCAGAAUCUGACUCUAGUGAAAGUAGCAGUGAAGAGUAUAUACACCAAUGUUAAAAGAAAUUAUUAGGAUUAAAUCGAAGUAAAAACACCAGCUCUGACAGUACUAAUGCAAGUAGCAGCCACAAUUAGUAGUUCUAAACUAUAUCCUAACAAUAGCAGUAUCCUCUCCAAUUUGUUUGUGUUGAGUUAAACUGCACAGAAGAAUUUAAAUACUGUUGCGUUAAAUGCUUGAGCUCAGGUGGUCACGAAAAUCAUUAAGCAAUCUGCGUGAAGACAAUUAAUUAAUAAAUUUAAUCGCAGCUUAAGAUGAAUAAGUUGAGCUCGGUAAAACAAAAAAUAGACUAGCUAUUUGAUAACCUAGAAGAAAAGCUCAAAUAGUGUAGACAUAUCUUGAAUAAUUAAUUUAAUGAAGCUUAGUCUAAUUUGUAGUAAGAAGCAGAGAGUGCUUUGAAUCCUAAAGCUAGUCUCGAAUAAAAAGUUUAAAUUUGGAAAGCUUAUUAUUAAUCAGAAUAGGCAAUAAUUAUGGAACACUUAAAUUUCAUAUUAGAAAAGAGUGAUCUAUUUUUCAACUAAAUUGGAUCUAGGAUAGUCAACUUAAAUCCUAAAUAGCUUUUGCAUAUCAAGUAGAAUACUAAAUAUGACAUCCUUUUCUAGCAAUAAUUAAAGUCAAUAGAACAAGAGCUUUAAAAAGCUGAAUCAAAUUUAAGUUCUAGAGCUAAGCAAGCUUUAGCUGCCUUACCACAAUUUAACUUUUAGAGCGAAGAAUUAGAAAAUAGCUCAGCUGUCUCCAUUAAAAAAUUUGAAUAUCCUGAAAGAAUAGAAUUUUGCUAAGUUGAUAAAAAAGGUGAACAAAAUGGUCGUUGUCUCAUAUUUUGGAAAGAUGGAGCUUACAGAGUGGGCUACCAUCGCGGAGGUUAUUCCUAAGGUAUCUGCAGAAUGGUAUGGGAAAACGGUAACGUUUAUUAAGGCGAAUACGUCAAUGACUGCAAAUAAGGAUAAGGCUUUUUCAUAAAAUAUUCUGAUAAUACUACAUAUUUUGGUUCUUUUGAAUAGGACGCCAAAAACGGAUAUGGUAUUGAGUAUUACCCAAAUAAUACUUAAUAUGUAGGUGAAUUUAAAAAUUGGAAGACUCAUGGCAUUGGUAAACUAAUAUAAACAGAUAGUAAAAAAGUAAUCUAUGAAGGCAAAUGGAAAAAUGGUAAGUUUGUCGACCAUGUUAGUUCUCUCUGA